AUGUCCCGAGGAUGGAUGGAUGGGCUAGUCAAGGCAGAGGAGGCGAGAGAUGGACGUGGAACGCGAAAGACACAGAGACCAUGCCGCUUACACGACAGCCGAUCCGUGCAGAACACAGGAGUAAUAUGCGGUGCUCCAUCCACCUCGCGGCUUGCCGAGCUUGUCCUCUUUGCUCCGGAUGGCGUUGGCGUGGCAUCGGCCGCAUUCUGCAUCGUACAUAUAGGGCUUGGACUUGAUGUGGUUUGUUUGGUUGAGGAUGAGGUUGAGGUUGAGGAGGAGGAGGAGGAGGAGGAGGAGGAGGAGGAGGAGGAGGAGGAGGAGGAGGAGGAUGGCCGGACCUAUGGGUGA